CCCGUCCACAAGAAAGUUCCCGUGCUCCUCCACGGCGACCGCGCCGUCUGCGAGUCCCUCCUUAUCGUCGAGUACGUCGACUAGGCCUUCCCCGGCCCACCCCUCCUCCCCGCCGACCCCUACGAGAGGGCCAUGGCCCGCUUCUGGGCCAGCUUCAUCGACGGCAAGUGCUCGAAGGCGUACUGGUUGGCGCUGUGGGCGGAGGGCGAGGCACAGGAGGGGUUUGUGAAGGAGGCCAAGGAGAACUUCGCGCUGCUGGAGGCGCGGCUGGAGGGGAGGCGGUUCUUCGGCGGCGACGCCAUCGGUCUUGUCGACAUCGCCGCCUGCGGGUUCGCGCACUGGCUAGGCGUCUUCGAGGAGGUUGCCGAGGUGAGACUGGUCACCGAGGACGAGUUCCCUCGCUUCUGCCGCUGGGCCAAGGAGUACGUGUCCGACGAGAAGGUGAGGGCGUGCCUGCCGGACAGGUCGCACCUGCUCGCCCGCUUCGCUGCCAACAAGGGGAUGUUCGUGGCCAUCGCCAAGUCCAUGCUGCCGCCCAAGUAGCUAGCCAGUGUGUCUAUGCCCAUCCAUGGAUGUGCACGAGAGCGCGCAUGGGUGUGUCUAUGCCCAUCCAGCGAUCGCCGCUGAGUCAGCUUGUGCUGUU